AUGACGACUCACUUCAAACUCAAGGAAGAAUCAAACAUCAACUCCACUUUUUUCUCCAAUCAACAGGCACACCUCUUCAAUUUGCUUUCUGCGCUCACACCAAAUCAAUGUCAAACAACUUAUAGCAGCUAUAUCGUGGACUUGGCUACGGGAAGGACGAUUGGCUUGGGUAAACAGCGAGGAGGCCUUUACUAUAUGUCGCCGCUAACACGCCGCUAA